AAGGUGGAUAUAAAAGAAAGGGAUCGCUUGUUGCCUUUCUAUUGCGGUUCAUCAAUUGACAGUUCAGGACUAGCUGGUGAUCACAAUGGCAGACACAUGCAUCGCCGCUAUAUUCACACUCUAUCUAUCCUUCUGUGUAUCUGCCUUCCCGUUCAAUGCCAACGACGAGGACUCUUACAAUCUCGAUUUUAUUUUCGGCGACCCACAGUCCCCUUCACCGAAAGGCGAUGACACCACCGACGAAAACUCCAUAUUUCCCAGUCGUGGUGAUCUAGAAUGGCCCUUGAGUCUGUUUCCUAGCGACGAUUUCUUCAACGACAUCGACCUUGACAACGGCUUUAACGACGACGAAAACGACCUUGCCAACCAAAACACAGACAGUAAAAUUGGAGGGUUGGGUGGUGGCAAGGAUUACCAUGACAACGGCAAUCCUUACGGCGGUGACAGUCAGAGUUAUGAUACUUCUCCUGUUAAGCUGGGUUACUAUGACAACAGCCAGACGCAGUCAAGCCCUUACCCACACCUUGCGUCCCCCCGUGUAUUACUCAAGGAGCAUGUAGCAAAGAAGUGUCAACCGGAAUUCUCUUUUGACUUCGAAGGAAACCGCCCGUUUACUGAGCGUUACAACAGGAUAUGGAUGGGGAGGGAAGGAAAUGUGUUUACUCAUGACGGAGCUGCAGCCUUUCAGGGGGGACAUCUUUUCAUUCCAUUCUUCACCGGAAAUGACCUCCGACCUGCAUACCGCCUCACUCUACUGGUGAAAGCAAAGUCUUCAGGGUCAUCAAACCAAGCUAUCGUCAGCAACAGCUUCUCUCGGACAUCAAGUACCUUCAGUCUGGCUUUGAUUGGGAACAAAAUACAACUGGUUAUAAUACCACGAUACGGGAAGGAAUAUAGAUAUAAACAGACUAGGAAACCUGUGGUUUUAUCUCUCCCGAUCAAUCAGGGAUCGUUUACGUACGUCUCGGUGGAGCAAGACGAUGUCACGGUGAAGCUGACGGUCGGAGAUAGGGCGGUGUACGCCUAUGGGCGGAUACCUGCAGUGAGCAAUGAACCCCUCUACAUUGGGGCCGGAGCAAGUGCACUUGGCUACCUGGAUGAUUACUAUGGGGAAAUUGAUUCGCUGGUCUUCGACAGGUGUCCGAGGAAGAUAACGAAAGGGUACUGAGGCGACAUCCGUCAACGUGUUGAUGUAAACAUGAUACAAGAAAUGAAGAGAUAUUUUUUUAUAUAAAAAUAAAUUAUAUUCGCGCGCCGACAUAUUGUA